AUGUCAAACUGGGGCCUGUAUAAGCACUUUGCCAAUUACUAUCCAGUCCGUCUCCAUAGAAGCAAAGAACUGUCCCCUACCAAAACCCCAAUAAAAGUUGAAUUAGAGGAGUUCGAUAUUCCGCCGCUUUUCGCAUCUGUCACCCCAAACUUCUUGCUGAGUUCACUGUUCAGAUGGAAAGUGAUACAAAAAAGAAAAAAAACCGUCGAAAGAGAGACAAUUACAGGGCCUAGAUACAUUUUUGGCUAUCAUCCUCAUGGCGUUAUCGCUAUGGGAGUGUUCGCGGGGUUCGCAACUGAAGGUGCAGGAUUUUCGAAACUGUUUCCAGGAAUCCGCUGUUUUGUAACCACACUUGUAAACCAGUUUCAGCUUCCAUUUUAUCGUGAUUACUUGAUGAGCUUGGGAUGUACUGCUGUGACCAAAAAAAACAUUUCAUCUUUGUUGGACAAAGGACACAGCGUGGUUAUUGUGGUCGGUGGUGCAAGUGAAAGUUUGCUUGCAAAACCACAUCUGAAUUCUAUCGUAUUGAAGAGGCGAAAAGGUUUUGUCAAAUUAGCACUCCAGGCAAGUGGAAGAUUUAAUAAUGAUGAUAUAUGUUUGGUGCCAGUGUACGCAUUUGGCGAGAACAACAUUUAUGACGUGUACUACACUAAUGAGACGGAGAAUUCUAACAACAAGAAUGAUGGCUAUAUACGCCAGUUACUCAAAUGGUUCCAACUUCGACUCAAAAAGAAUUUUGGGUUUACUCUUCCUAUAAUAGUUUCUCGUGGGCUGCUGAACUAUGAUUUUGGACUUCUUCCCCACAGACGUCCGAUCCACAUUGUCACUGGAGCUCCCAUAACAGUUAGAAGGCUCCAUGGGAGAAAGUACGGAGACGUAGUGUCCCCUGAAGAAAUUGAUUAUUACCAUAGCUUAUACGUGCAAGCUCUACAAGAGCUUUUCGCCACUUACAAAGACAAAUACCUGUUAGAACAUGAUCGCGAUCUGAACAUUGUUGAAUAG